ACAGUACCCCACACGUUCGGCUCUCCUUUCGCGGUGUUGUCCAAAUGCACUUUCCCAUUCCGUAUGCGCGGUGAAACGUUCGCGCAGCGCCAGUCGAGUGUCGGCUCUAUAUCUCGACGCUACUGCUGUGCCGCCGCGAGGGACUGUGUAAACUUGCGCCUGGACUCGACAGCUGAGGAGAGAGCGAGAGAGUCUCGUCGUCUACGUCCGAGUGCGGUGUUACAACGAUACGUACAGUGACUCAGUGUCGGAGGAUCUCUCUCUCUCUCUCUCUCUGUCCUCGCGAGAAGUACAGCCGCGUUCGUACGUACUCCGAGACUGUCCGGGGAAAAAGAGUCCGUGCGAAUGGUGUCGUGAGAGAGCAGUGCGUGUGAAGUGCGUAAGUUCAGUGCCGGGCUACAACGAAGAAGAAGAGGAGCCAAGAAACUUCUCUGUCUCCGACUCGCCGCAGUUCGCACCAUUGAGAGGAGAGCGCAGGCUGUGUAGUAGCAGAAAGCCGCGUAUUAGAACCGACGUGUCUCCGAUGCCCAGCCUUAGCGGUGAAGAUGAGUGCCAGCAAGGGAGACUCGGAGGAGCAUCAGUAUCAGCAGCAGAAGCCUCGUAACCACGAGGUCCGCAAUGGAGGAGGCUCGUCGGCUCGUAGCAGCAGCGGGCCGCAGCAGCUCGUUCGAUCGAGCUCGACUACGACGUCUCGAGCACUUUAACGCCCAAAGACUUGGGGCUACCUUAGCACGGCUUGCUGAGGUUGGCUGCUAUACUACGCGCUGAUGCUGUCGUCGUCGUCUAUGAAGAUUCAACGGGUGCCUUGAGGCAACGCACACACGUACACACCAAGAGGAGAAGGACAAAGGAGAGGAAAAAAGAGAAUCCACGGCAUACACGUCUGCAGCAGCGAAGCAGAGUGUAUAGGUGCGAGAAUAGGAGUUUGCAGUCUAUAGAAACCGAUGGCGAUAUUCGGCUCGAAUCUGCCAAGACGAGGACGACGACGGCCUGGCAUACGGAAAUAAGUUUUCGACGAUAGCGCGUUAUACGUAAUCGACAAUAAGCGGAAGGACGAAACUCUCAGCAGCACCAAAAAUCGAAAGCCAAACGAAGAAUCGAAUCUCCGACACAUCGAACCAUGGCAGCGCCUGUGAUCGAGAAGAAGCGCUUCUUCUGCCGCGAGUGGGCCUUCGCCAAGUUGGCCCACUGUCUCGAGCAGCGUCCGGCAUCGAAGACCUGCGGUGCUCUAAUAGUCGGUGGGCCUGGAAGUGGAAAAACGGCCCUUUGCGCGGAAUUAGCCUGGCCGUCGAGCGGACCAACGGCCAGGCAUCAGAGGUCUCUAAACAAGAGGCUUUUGGCCAGGCACUUUUGUCAAGCCAGAAGCGAGGCGAGCUUGUCGCCGGCGCAGUUUGUUAGGAGCCUUGUGGCUCAGCUACUACAGGCCAGUGCCGAAGGGAUUAGGGUUACAGCUGCUGCUACCGCCGCCGCUGCUACUUCGUCGCCACCGAACUCACCGGGCGGCAAUACAACGACAGCCGUCACGAGCACGACGACCAACAACUCGCCAACGAACGACGGGAACACGACUACCGGCAACAACGGUGUCACCUCGAUAUCCUCCCGAGAAGCCGUAGCCGAAGCCUACGCCGAGAAGCUUCGCACCGAUCCGGACAUUCAGGCUGCUUUACAGCCCGAAUUACUCGAUCGCAAUCCCGACGAGGCUCUCAGGAAGGCUGUACUGUUUCCGCUUCUGGAAGUCGAACCGCCGAAGGACUGUCUGCUUCUAGUGGUGGACUCUAUUGACGAAGGGCCUAUACCCAGUCCCGGUAGCUCGUCUGGACAACAGGCAACGAGUGCGAGUGUCCUAGCGCUAAACAGCGGCGGCAGAGAUUCUAAACGCGAGUCGGAGAACGAGGAAGAGGACGAGGUGUCACGUACGAUAGCCGAGCUCUUGGCUUCGCAUCAUCACCUCUUCCCGCAAUGGCUACUUCUCGUCUGCACAGCCCGACGUCAGAGCAAGACCAUCUCGCGCAUGUUCACCGGAUUCCGUAAGAUCUCCUUGGAUGACUUGCGCAAGUCUCAAGUCGUCCGUGACGUACAGCAGUACAUCCUAGCCAGGCUCGAUCAGGAGGACGCGCUCAGGCAGCACAUUUCCAGAGAUACCGCGGAGAUGCUCAAUCAUCUGCACAUCAAGAGUAAUGGAUGUUUUCUGUAUCUCGAGAAGGUGCUCGAUGGUGUCGCAGAGAAUUUCAUUGUGCUGAGAGAAGUCAGGGAGAUUCCCGGCACGCUAAACGGUCUUUACCUCUGGCUCUGUCAGCGACUCUUCAGCCGAAAGCAGUUCGCCAAGGUACAGCCGCUGCUCAACGUGAUCCUCGCGGCGAAGCUGCCGAUAACCCAGUCGAUACUGUACGACUGCGUGAAAACGGCCAACCCAACGUUGACGCAGGAGGACUUCAAUCGGCAGCUGCAUCUUCUGCGCCGCGUUAUCUCGGUGUCGCGCGCCGGCGCUCUCAUGCUCUUCCAUCACAGCUUUGCCGAGUGGCUGCUCGACGUCAAACACUGCACUCAGAAGUAUCUCUGCUCCGCUGCCGAAGGUCAUGCGAUGCUCGCCAUGCAUUACACGCUGCGCGCAGCGAACCUCGACCCGGAUGAGAUCUGCGUUCUAGCUCAGCACGUGCAGGGAGCUUUCGUAAUGCAACAGCAGCACCACCAGCAUCAUCCGUACUACCAGCAGCAGCAUCACCAGCACCACCACCAACAGGCUCUAACGGCUGCGGUGACAGCCGCUGCAGCAAACAUUCCCACAGCAGCGUCGACGACAACUGGAAUAUCCGAGAGCACCGCUAAUCCCUCGGCUGUCACAUCGACGGCUGCACCGGCCCCCUCGGCUCCCCCAGCGCCAGUGCCUCCAUCCGCGCCGAUGCUCGACUCCUACACACUGCAGCUGCUCUGGUUGAUUGGAAGCGGUGCUCCGUUCAGGCAUUGCUAUCUGGACAGCAGUGAGUGCAUACUGUGGCCCAAACAGGACACAAAGCUACUGAAGCUUCUGGUGGAUGCCGGCGCCAGGCUUUCCGAAAAGCUCGCCGAUGAGGAGGACCUCGCCGGCAACAACGUUAUUGUCUCUUCUAGUCAAAUUUCACGAAACUCAAGCCCUAUGAACGAGUCGCCGAUAGAGCCUCUUGUGGAGCUCCUCGGCGAGGGCGGUGAUAUAAACCAAACAGAUUCGUGCGGACGUACUGUUCUGCACAACCUGGCUGCGGACGGAAACGCUACGCUUCUAGCGUUGGCUAGCGAAGCCUAUCCUACGGCUAAACUCGAGGCGACAGAUCGCCACGGGCAAACAGCUCUGAAUCUCGCAGCGCGACACGGAUACUCUGACGUAGUCAAAGUACUGCUUACGGCCGGUGCCAACGUCGAUCACGCCGACUGCGAUGGCUGGACUGCUUUAAGGGCUGCUGCAUGGGGUGGCCACACUAAGGUCGUGGAGCAAUUGCUGGAGUGCGGCGCGAUGGUGGACUGCGCUGACUGGGAUCAGCGCACGGCACUACGCGCUGCAGCUUGGGGUGGUCAUGAAGAAAUCGUCAAAGCUUUACUACAGCACGGCGCUGACGUCAACAGAACCGACGAUGAAGGUCGUACUGCUCUUAUCGCCGCGGCCUACAUGGGACACAGCGAAAUCGUCGAGCAUCUGCUGGACUUUGGCGCAGAGAUCGACCAUGCCGACAGUGACGGUAGAACGGCGCUCAGCGUUGCCGCGCUUUGCGUACCGUCGAAUCACGGUUAUACUAAGGUGGUAAGUCUGCUUUUGGAGCGUGGAGCCGACGUCAACCAUCAGGACAAGGACGGUAUGACGCCGUUGCUUGUAGCCGCGUUCGAAGGUCACCGAGAUGUCUGCGAAUUGCUCUUGGAGUACGAGGCAGACGUGGACCACUGCGACGCUACAGGACGAACUCCUCUGUGGGCUGCUGCUAGUAUGGGACACGGUUCUGUCGUGGCGCUUUUGCUUUUCUGGGGCUGCUAUGUCGACAGCAUCGACAACGAAGGCAGAACAGUACUGAGCGUUGCUGCUGCCCAAGGUGGUACAGAUGUCGUCAGUCAGCUUCUGGAUAGAGGCUUGGACGAGCAGCACAGGGACAACUCGGGAUGGACGCCGUUGCACUACGCUGCGUUCGAGGGUCACCAGGACGUAUGUGAGGCGUUGCUCGAGGCCGGAGCUAAGAUCGACGAAGCCGAUAACGACGGCAAGGGGGCCUUGAUGCUUGCAGCUCAGGAGGGACACACUACCCUCGUCGAGAGGCUCAUCGAACAGCAUCUCGCGCCCAUUGAUCAGCAUGCUCAUGAUGGCAAGACUGCGCUGAGGUUGGCUGCUUUGGAAGGACACUAUGACACUGUCAAAGUGUUGCUAUCUCACAACGCUGACAUAAACGCCAAAGAUGCAGACGGCAGGAGCAUACUGUACAUCUUGGCGCUAGAGAACCGAUUAGCGAUGGCUAGAUUCUUGCUGGAACAGGCUCGACCUGACAUCGAAAGCAGAGAUUCUGAGGGUAGAACAGCUUUGCAUGUGAGUGCCUGGCAAGGCCACGUCGAGAUGGUGGCUCUUUUGCUUACUGAAGGUGGUGCAAGCGUCAACGCCCGAGACAACGAAAACAGAACUCCUUUGCACUCGGCGGCAUGGCAGGGACACGCGGCGAUCGUGAGAUUGCUGCUUGAGCAUGGCGCGACUCCUGAUCACACUUGCAAUCAGGGAGCUACGGCUUUAGGAAUCGCUGCCCAAGAAGGUCACGAGAGUUGCGUCCGAGCAUUGCUUAAUCACGGAGCUGAUCCAAACCACUCGGACCACUGCGGAAGAAACGCCAUUAAAGUAGCCGCCAAGAGUGGUCACGACACCGUCGUCAGAUUGCUCGAGGAACACGCCGCCAAUCGACGUUGCUCAAGACCAGUUUCGUUCGUAGGCGGCAGUAGUAGCGCGACUUCGGUCACCUCGAACUCGACGACGGAAACCAAGCCCUCGUCUGCUGUGCUCAACCCGAUGUCGACUCAGUACAGUCCGGCUGAAUCUCCGGACUCUACCAAGAGACGCAGCUGCGUAUCACUGGGCAAUAAUUCGAGCAACAGCAAAUCCAGUAGUAAUCUUACUGGUAGCACCAAGAGCGACCGAUGCAAAAUCAAUCAAAAUCCACCACCAGUUAUCACUACCAAUCAUCAGGGCUCCAGCAGGGCUGUGCUCUCCUUCACCCAGCAGCUUCAGCAAUGCUCUCGCGGCGUGAAGUCUCGUCCUUUAAGCAAAUUACUCUCACCUUUGAAGAGCGAACCGCAGAGUCCAAUCUACGCGUCACCGCCGCAUUCACCCUCGAGCGAUAGUCUCAUACCGUACUCGCCGACCAAUACUAGUCCUCCGAGUGCUCAGACCGCUGCGAGUAUUAUCCAGAGUCAAUUGGGGGUGUCGUUGCUGACCGCAAAUCAGAGCACGCAGUACAAGCCUGGCAGUGGCUACGAUCGCACCGGUGCUCUGUACGAUGCCAUCUGCAUCAAGAAGAACCAGCAUGCGCCCAUAAUGGAAAAUCCAACAGAGGCGAAACCAUUUGAGUUAACGAACGAAAUGCUCGGUUUGUCGGUCAAUUCUGAGAGAAAGAACGGCCACGAGGAGAGAAAACUUCCUGAUACUCACUUUACUAGAGAUACUCACAUGAGAAUUAUUCUGGGCAAUAGUGGCGCUGGAGUAGGAAGAAAUGUAAAACACACUUCUGAAAACUACACUGGAAAUAAUUCUGGUAAUUCGAGACCAAAAAGAAAUGGCUUAGUUUCAUCUAAUCCGGCAAUGCGCCUAGUCGCCGGAGUUAGGAAUGGAAUUGAGAAUGCAACGAAUCGAAACAAACCAGUGACCACACGCGUCAAUGGAUUCCAGUGGAAGGCAGAAGCCAGGAAAGAAACUCCCUUAUAGGAGCAGGAUUUAAUGUUUGCCAAGUGCACGCACGAGGCGGUGAGUCAUCGUCACACCUCUGACUGGAGGAGUUACUUGAGCAAAAAACGCAAAUCCAUUAGAAGAUUUUUCUCAUUUCCCUUGAGCAGAAUCAAACUACCGCCAAAGAAGGAGAGUAAGAGGAGGAGAAGACGCAAGAAGAAAGACGAAAUGUGAUUGUGUUCGAGCGGGCGCGAGCGACGCCCGCCGAAUCGAUAUACCAAAUCCUUUAAUGAACCGUACGAAAAGUUAAGAAAAAAGUUAAGCAAAAAAGUUAAUAAUUAACAAUUUAAGGAAACAAAGUAGAAAAAUUAUAUUAGUAAAGAAAAAAAAAUAAUAAAAACAAACGAGCUGAUGUAAUCCUAAAUGACAUUGAGGAAUAUGUGUAUAAAUGUAACAUUUAGAAAGUCCUCUAUUGAUCUCAUCGAAGCUUAUUGAACAAAAAAAAUUAAAAUACGUUAGUACAUGUUUAUGUGCCGCAUGUAUGUGCGCGAGCACGUAUUCUCUUUACGUAAGCUGUGACGUGAACCUAAACGUAAAUUUAAUGAUGAACCACGAGAAGGACAAAAUAAUAAGGUUAGAUGAUUAAACAAUGAGGGGCGAUACUCGUGUUAAUGAAUGCGCAUGCAUAGAAUGAGACAAGUGUAGAUUGGGGUAAAGACUGAAUGCACACCGAAUACAGUGCUAAUUUUUCGACGAAAUACUUUGAUGACGAACGUAGAUUUUAAAACAGAAUUUAAUGAAUAUAAUAUAUAAUAAAAAAGUGAUGACGAGUGUAAAGAAUGAACAAACAAACAAAACAAAAGAAACAAACAAAUACUAUUACCUUAUAAUUAUAUGAUUAUUAAUUAUCCGUAGCAUUGAAAAUCAAGAGUAACACUUUUAGCCUCGUAUGAGAAGUUUUUUUCGAUCAAACUAAGUCCUUAAUGAUAAUACGUAAAAGCAUGGCCUCAAUUGAAAAAAUUAACAAAAAAAAUGAACGAGAUUUGUGUAUAUAUGACAACAAAAACUAUGUAACUGCACUCAUGUAAGCAUUAUGUACUUUUUAUAUUAUUUUAUUAUUGAUAUUAUUGCGAACAAAUAUUUAUUAUUAGUUUUAGUGACUACCAUUAGUGAUGAUUAUAGCACUAUUAUCAAUUUCCGUUUCGUUCUUACGAUGCAGUAGACGAAUCAAUAAAUUAAAAUUUUAACAAAA